UUGGUGGAGUCGGCGCGGCCUUGCAGCUGUGGGGCAUCGCAUAACGUCACAUCUGCGGACCACGUCGACCAACCAACAGAGCUAGGCUUCCACCCCGGACUUCAUGAUCCAUCAUCGCUUGUUCGUAUCAAGGAAGCGCUGCCUCCCUCAACAACUGAUGGUAUCCUCUGUAUCACCGACCACGAUGGAUGCAAGCAGCCACACCCUUGGUUGAAGCUACCGCGUCCUGAAGCCAAGGCAUCCAUCCGCAUCCGGCGCACAGCGCUGCAACCCAACCAAGCUAAGCUCCGAGCAGCUGGAUCAGGCAUCUACCGACCUCCCUUUGACAAAGCCACCUCCGGCGCCCCUUCGACGCUUCACGAUCCCCGAACAGCGCAGAUUAUUAUAAUGGAGGCGCUAAAGAUGGAUGAUCUCUGCGCAGACCUACGACAGCCCAGCUUCGUCAACCUGGUGGUGUCCAUCCUCAUCCUUGUCGGCCUCUUGAUUAGCUACCUCCCUCAGAUGGUCAGGAUCAUCUCUAGAGGAACCUCCGAAGGCAUCUCCCCGUACUUCAUCCUCCUCGGCACCACGUCCGCGACCUCGGGCUUUGCCAACAUUAUCCUCCUUCCGAAGUCCCGCCAGGAUGUCGCCUGUUGCAAGGAGCUGGAAACGUUCAACUGCGUUGCUGGGCUUUUGGGAAUUGCGCAACUGGGCGUUCAGUGGAUAUGCUUCACAUUCAUUUUCGUUCUUUUCCUCGUCUUUUUCCGAUAUAAAACCUCCAACGUACCGGAAGAAGAGCUUGGCGGUGAUGCCCCGCGAUGGCAGACGGCCUUAUUCGUCGCGACUCUUACCCUCUUCCACGGACUUCUUGUCAUCGUCACAACGGCCGUGAUAGCAACCGUCGGCCCGCAGCACCUCUCUCUGUGGGCCAACCUUCUCGGCGCGAUGGCUGCCGCUCUAGCGGCUGUCCAAUACAUACCCCAAAUCUGGACGACAUACUGCCUCAAGCACGUCGGCAGUCUGAGCAUUCCCAUGAUGUGCAUGCAGACGCCCGGAGGGUUCCUCUUCGCCGGAAGUCUGUUUGCCCGUCUCGGAUGGGACGGAUGGAGCUCGUGGGGUAUCUUCCUGUUGACCGCUACGAUGCAAGGCAUGCUGCUCAGCAUGGCUAUCUACUACGAGCUUCGGUUGAAGAAGGACGAGCCUCCCAAGUCGCCGACACGACCCAGGUUGCACCUCUCCGCCAACGGUUUCGAUGAUGACACCCCCGGGCGGUACACUUCGCAUCCGGAGCACUACGCAGAUUCGCCGGAGCAGCUGUCGCGGAUACUCGACAGGCAAGAGAGCGAUGCUGCCGCCGAGACGGCGCCUUUGCUCCGGCCCGGCGGUAUCGGCGAUCCCCACAGGAACUAUGACACCAAUCGAGGCUAGAAGAAUCGAAAAGUCAUUCCAUAUUGAGGGGGCCGGCCUUGGCAUUUGUUUCUCCAGGUAGAGCGGCCAGAUCACCGGGUGCGAUGGUAUUUUAACCGCUUGGCGAAUUCCUUUCACUUCCUUUCUGGCCGGGUAUUCUGACGAUAUAAGUACCUUACCUUUCCCCUUGUACAUAUAUACGGGGGUGUGACG